GAGAGAGAAAUAGAGCGGUUUAAUUUCCGUAGGGGGCGGAAUGAAGGAGUGGCAUUCACAGUAUAAAAUGUGGCACACCCUUCUCCCAUCACCAUCUUUCUCUUUCUCUCUCUCUCUGAUACACUCUCAGCAAAUCUUCACACAACCAAAUCGCGUGGCAGAGAUGUCUAACCUACAGAAAGGAAUGUCUAUGUUAAUCAGCGUUUUCCACCAGUAUUCUGGAAAGGAGGGGGACAGCAAAACCCUCACCAAGGGUGAACUGACGGACCUCCUCAACAGUGAGAUGGGGGACAUAUUUGGGAAAGCUUCAGACAAACAAGCAUUGGACAAGAUCUUUAAGAGCCUGGAUGCAGACAAGAGUGGCACUGUUGACUUCCAGGAGUAUGUUACAUUCGUAGCAUGCAUUACGAUGUUGUGCAAUGAAUCCCUUUCCAAGUGAAGACACAGUUCUUCAGUACAGCAGACAUCCAUGUUUAAUAUUGUUGCUGUAAAGCCAGAGAGAGGGACCUUGUAGGAAGACCCAGAUACCUACAAAGAACAGACACAUAUUCACAUAUACUCUUAAAAUCUAAUUUGUUUACUAUGGUUGAUAGUGCAUUGAAAUAAAGGCUACAAAAAUAAA